AUGGCAGCUUUGAAAGGUUACGGCUUGAUCUCCAUUGACUCUGCUCUCCACUCCCCUCGUGCUCAUCAAUUCGAGGGCUACAAGAGAAGAAGGAACGCGAGAUGGAUCACUCCAAUAGCAGCUCUAGUACCUAACUUCCAUCUCCCAAUGCGUAGCCUAGAAGACAAGAACAGAGUGAUCACAGCCAUCAAGACACCUUAUCUCCCCGACGGAAGAUUCGACCUCGAAGCAUACGAUGAGCUAGUCAACACGCAGAUUGAAAAAGGCGCUGAAGGUGUGAUCGUUGGCGGUACAACCGGCGAAGGCCAGCUGAUGAGCUGGGAUGAACACAUCAUGCUUAUAGGCCAUACCGUGAACUGUUUCGGCUCAAGAAUCAAAGUCAUUGGCAACACAGGAAGCAACUCAACGAGGGAUUGUUGUGUGGAGAGGGAAUGA